AACUGGGAUCAAAGUUUAGGAGAAGCUCCGCAGCUAAAGUUAACGUUAUAAUUAACGUUGAUAAACGACCAAAACACACAAAAAGUCGUCCCACUGUGGAUAAAAAUGAAGAAGAGCAGUGUGUCGUUCAACUCGUCCUCUCAGACAAUGAAUUCAGCCUCAGGAAGCCAUAAUUCAAGACACAAGUGCAGCUUCACAGAUUCUUCUCCAACCAGAAGAAGCUCCAUCAGCAACAGGAAACACAGCACCAAGGACAGCAGCUCCUCACAAGCUCCCAGAAAGACAGUCAAGGUGUUUGAAAAUGUCCAAGAUAUCAUUCCUCUGGCUCUGACUCAUGCUGAGUCAGGAGAUGUUCAGUCCAAACCAGGGAGAGUCUUCCCCAUCUGUGGACCAGACCUCCUCAUAUCUGCUUCAAGCUCAUAUGUGCCUUAUUUUAGCCGACCAUGCAGCCUGUCCACCACAGCGUCACACACGAGGGAUACUAUGGACAGUGUUUCUGAACCGGACAUACCAAUAAACCGCCCACCUCCAUGCGAGGUGCUGGAGAAAAGAGACAGAAAUGUGACAGAAGAGAUGUUGGAUGAGGUCGUAGACUUCUGCCUCUCUGAUACAGAAACCAUUUCUCUGCUGGACAUUCCCCCCCGCUUAAUGUCAGACGAUGCUGAUGAUGCAGAAGCUGCUAAAGAGAGAAACAUUAAAUACGCUGAGCUCUGCAAGAACAGAAUGGGCAACGAUAAGUUUGUGGUGCGUUCAAUGCAGACGUUGAGUGGAGAACCGAAAAACAAACAGAUCCAGACUGAGCAGAUAGUCAUGGUGGAUGAAGGCUCCGUCGCUACUACCUGGGACAUCUACGACUCUUUCUGUGAGCAAAGAAAAAACCCUGAAAGUGAGAGUGCUGAUUAUCUGGAGAAUACUGUGAACCCCAGCAAACACCAAGAGGACCGAGGAGAGAUGUACAGCAGCAGCAGCACAGUCUGCACAGGCAGCACCGUUACUCUGUUAAACACGACAAUGAGUAGCAGCAGUUUCAAUGCUGAGUCUGACCUGCAGACAAUCAUGUUGUCUGAGUCGUUCCAACACAGUUUGUUAGUGAUGGAGAGAAACGUCGUGGCAAACAGCUUUCAACCCUGGCUGGCUGCUUACAGACAGCUGGAAGACGCUGACCACCCAGUGAAGCCUGCCAGCGAGGAACAGAGCGAGGACGGUGAGGAGAGAUCUUCACCUCCAGCUCUGGAACAUCUCUGGGCUUUCAGCUGUGAGCUCACCACAGGAUGUAACAUCACCAGCAUGGCCUGGAACAAGAAGAACCGGGAUCUCCUAGCAGUGGGCUACGGUUACUGGGACUCCACCAACCAAGAACAAAGUUUGAUCUGCUGCUGGUCCCUCAAAAACCCUACGUGGCCGGAGCGAGUCUUCCGCUGCCAUAGCUGCGUGACAUCUCUGGAUUUCUCAGCCAACAACCCCAACCAGCUGGCUGUGGGGAUGUUCGAUGGCACCGUAGCCGUCUACGACGUCCAGAGACAAGACGUCACCUGUACCGCCGACAGCAGCGAGUGUUCCAAAAUGCUCCUGCAUCCGGUGUGGCAGGUGAAGUGGACCGAACAGGAGAUGAUUUUAUCAGGAGAGGGCAGAGUAGAAGCUCUGGUCUCUGUGUCGGCAGACAGCAGGAUUACCAAGUGGCUCCUCUGCAGCAGUGGUCUAGACUGCAUAGACUUGAUGAAGCUGAAGAAGACUAAUGAUAGUCAGAAGAAAGCUCCAGAAAACAAGAAGAUGAAGAAGAAGAUGGAUUCGUUUGUGUCAACACUGACUCCUGGUCUCUGUUUUGACUUCCAUCCAACAGAUUUCAGUGUCUACCUGGCUGGAACUUGGGAUGGUCACAUCCACAAGUGCUCCGUCUCCAACAGUGACCAUUUUCUGGCCACCUACCAAAAACACAUUAGUCCCGUCAACCACGUAGAAUGGUCUCCGUUCUGUUCUGACGUGUUCCUGAGCUGCUCCUCUGACUGGACCGUCCAGCUGUGGAAGCAGGACCUCCUGGUCCCCGUGCUGAGCUUCUCCUCCAUCCAGAGGCCCGUGGUCACCGCCACGUGGUCCCCCAACUGGUCCACAGUGUUUGCAGCCAUUAUUGGAGAACAGGUGGAGAUCUGGGACCUGAAUUCAAGCCUCCUUCACCCGGCCAUCGUGCACCACGCUGUUCCUGGUGUGAAGCUGACGUCCCUGCUGUUCACCACGGGGACAGACUGCGUCCUGGUCGGGGACAGUGAUGGACAAGUGACUGUCUACCAGCUCAAGAACCUCAGUGUGCCAGAAGGCAAACAGGUCGACAGUUUGGAAGACAUCAUUCGCUCUGCAGUCUCCAGGAAGCUUUAGAAACUGCAAACUACAGUGUUAAAGUUUUAAUUAAUUCACAGUUUUAACAAUAUCAAAGGCUGGCCUUUUGUUGAGAGCCACUUUAUGUUUGAGUCAGAGUUCUUCUACGUUAUAUAAAUACUGCCAGUUAUAGAAGAUUUUGGAAAUUGAAGAAAAGUCUUGAAAUGUAUCUAGAAAUGUUUUAAACAA